CUUGCCCCACCCACACGCCUGACGUCGGCAGUAGGUGGAUGUUAACUUCCUACUUUUUUGGGGAUAUUUACUUUAAUAUCAAAAAGUUCAGCUAACGCGACGUGUAUAUCUGGAAACCCCCCAUUUAUACCCCGGUUCCGGCUCAACAAGUUAAACUCCACCGCCGUUGUUUUCUUCUUUUAGUCCGCGCGGAGUGUUUCUGGACGUUAAAAUGACUUUUAACAGACUUCGCUCCGCGGUUCUUGUACCGAUAUGUUGGGUGUUCGUGUCCGCGGUGGAGGAAGUGAUCAAGCCUGCAGUGGUGCCGGGGACAGCGGCGGCGACCAUACCCGCAGUGACGAACUCCAGCAGCGGAGGGAACUCCACACACCACGGCGGUCAUAAGGGCCACGGAGGAGGGCUGUUUAACGGGCUGGAUAGCUCGAUGAUCCAGAGGGCCCUGUACGUCCUGAUCGGCAUCACCAUCAUCGGAGUUCUCUACUUCCUCAUCCGAGCUGUGCGGCUGAAGAGGCCCGCCUACAAGAAAAAGUACGGCCUGCUGUCAAACUACGACGACUCUGUGGAGAUGGAGGCGGUGGAGAGCGACGAGGACGACACGCUGUAUGAAGCUCGCAGCCUCCGCAGAUGAGUGCUGUCGGAGUCGUCGUGUCGUCACCUGACGGAGUCGUGUUUACUGUCAGCUGAUCUUAUUGAUUAUGUAUCGGAGAGAGAGGACUGACCAAAGACUGGAGGAGGAAGACGAAAUGGACCAAACUGUUAUUGAAGAUUAACGCCAAAGCUGCUCCAAGAACCCGAGCAGGAUAAUCAUUAUUUUUUUAAGGUGGUAUUGGAUAAUAGAAUAGAGUUUCUGGAGAAGCAGACGUGACAAUUCUGUGGAUAAUUAUCAUAAUUACCCAAUUAAUCAUUAUUAUUAUUAUUAUUAUCAUUAUUAUUGUUAUUAUUAUUAUUAUAUUAUUAUCAUUAUUAUCAUCUUUUUCUAAGAUCUUGUGUUUUUCAUUCAGUUUUUUCUGCUCUGACUUUGUGCUUGAACUACUGCAGACUGACUCCAGACUUGCUGACUCUCAGAUCUGGACUUUUUUGGUUCCUGCAUCAGUUUAAUUUCUGCUCUCGUGUGAAGGCGGCGUGUACAAGUUAAAACGAGGUGUUAACGGAUGAUUCUGGUUUAUUUCCCUUCGUGCUGACUUUCCACUCUCCGGCCUCCUACAGCUUUCCAAAUAAACAUGAAUCAUGUCAGUAAUUUACACAGUGCUACACCAAACUCCAUUCAUAAAUCCAGCAAUUUAAUACUUCCCCUGUCACCAGCGGAGGUAUAUAUGCUGUAAGAUGUUAUUGAUGUUUUCUAUCAUUUAAGCGCCUACUCUUCCAUUCGGCAUGCAUCUCACCCCCUGAAUUUCUUCUGAAUAGAGUCACCCACUUACUCCAAACAUCAACCCACAUUAUGUUUAGCUUCUCAAUUAAUCGAUAGAACUUGUUGAGUGGUUACAUGUGCGACGAGAACAGUAAUGUGCCUUUCUGCUGCGUGUGGACAGCUAUCACACCAAAUGCCAUUCAAAAACCAAGCAAUUUAAUGCUCUCUCAUUACUAACAGUACAGUGUGAACAAUGAGUUAUGUGUCGUCUCAAACACAAAGUAAACACAGAAGGGAGCCGAGUUGGCUCUCUGCAGACAUCCUGAUCUACUUGCACAACGGUUUGUCAGCAUGUGUGAGGCUGUUAGUUAGCAAACAAAGACGAUAUACCCCGUGCAGUUUUCAUCAUGUCCGCAGGAUUACGGGUUUUAUGACACUUGGUGGAAGGGUGUCGCAUGGGCCAAGGAUGACAUUUUGGAGCGUAUCCGAAAAACACGCAUUCAUUUUCACGUGUAUGUAUAUUUUGACCUAAUUAUCCAACACGACUGCACCUUCUUCUGUCCGCUACCGUUGUACUGUCGGCUCGUAGUGUGAAAAGGAACACGUAGAACCACAUGGGAAUGAUUUGUGAUAAUCCAGCAUUGCAAUAUAGCUUUUUGAGUUUCCUGAAAAUAUUAUACGUGCAGAGAAAGUUUUACAAACGUAAACAUUCCUUCAAGUUUCUCUUUAAUCCAGUCGGCAGAUCUGGAGACGAGAGAAAUUAUAUAAGAAUAUUAUAUAACCCCAAACUGGAGAAUCCGGCACAGGUUGACUAAAGAUGAUUUUUUGUUAUUUGGUUACACUUUAUUUUAUUUUAAUGCAGAAAUAAAUCUUGUUACGAAGUAUAAGAAGAAAUGCUCCAUUUAAAGCCAAAUAAAUAUGAAUUAAUUAUUUAUUUAUUCAUUUUCCACGUUG